AUGUUGAAAUCAGUUCUAACAAAGACUCAUUCGAAAACAAUUGAAUGUGGUUCAAUACGAGCAACAUUUGAAAAUGGUUUAAUUUGUUCUACAAUUGAAUUAAUGGAAAAUGCUCUUCGACUUAAUCUUCAACGAGUACCAUGUAAAAGUUAUGAAAAAUUACAACAAUGGCUUAAAGUUAAACUGGAUAUUAAUCGACAUGAUAUAAAAGAGAAUAAUUUUCAAGAAUGUAAAUCAAAUGGAAGCGAUGAUGACGAUGAUGAUGGUUAUGAAGCACCACCUUUUUACAUUUUACUAAAAUCAACUGAAGCUUUUCAAAGAGCAACAGCACGUUUACCAUUAUAUCAUGUUUGUCCUCAAGAAAUGUUAUCAUCAUCUACAACUGGUACACACAUGAACGAGAAAGAUGCAUGGAGUCGUCAUUUAGUAUUAACAAUUCCACAAGAUAGUAAAUUCAUGACUGCUAAACAAAUACUGAAUCAACUUACUCCACAUGUCGUCGAUUGUCGACGCUUCGGUAAGAGAAGUACGAAAGCUCAACCUGCUAUUCAACUAAUCAAUAUGCCAAGAGAUGCCAAUGAAUCAUUCAUACGUCAAAUUUUACAAUCAGUUAAUCCGUUAAAAAUUAGUGUAAGACAAACACAUCAAGAUGGUACAGGUUCAUCAUCGGCACAUAUAUUUUUUGCUGAUAAACAAGAACGUCAACAAGCUAUUACAAUUCUUCAAUCAGAUUUUUGUCAAAAACCAAUUCAAAUCACUGUUCGACAUCGAACAAGUCAUCAACUUGUAAAAAAGCAAAUUGUACCAACUGUUACUGAAUUGGAAGGAAAAGCUCCAAUACAAAAUACAUUUCUUCUUACAGCAACUAAUCGUGAAUCAGCACUUCAAAUAUACAAAGACAUUGUACCAAAAAUGGACGCAUCAUGGAAAAUUGAUGGUUCAGCAACAGUAACCGUAACACAUCCUCAUUUAUAUCCUGAUUUUGAUACACUCAUUCAACAAAUAGCUAAUAAAUUUGAAAUUCAAGUUGAACAACAACCAAUCGAUCAAAAACAACAGAAAGGUCGUAGUAAUGGUGGUAUUCGUUGUUAUUUUAAUCAUGGUACUCCACAAAAAACGGCAUUAGCAGCAGCUAUGCUUGCACAAGCCACAUCUCCAAUUAUCAUCAAAAUGAUCAAUCAUCGACAAAAGCAAUUGUUCGAUGAACUUUUCUCAACUGGUAUCAUUCAAGAUUGGUCGAAUAAAUUAAAACUUGAAACCAUUAAGAAAGAAAAAUAUGUUACAUGGAUCGAAAUUCGAGGUCCUCAAGUUCAACAAGGUCAAUUGAUGCGUCAAAUUGCCGAUUAUUCUGAUACAUUUGAUGAACGAUUUCGUGUACUCGAAUUAAAUUCAACGACGGCGAACUUUUUUGGACGCAAAAAAUUAGCCGAUAGUCAACUUCAAGCACUUGCUGAUACAUGGAUAAAUUGGGGUUGCCAUGUUACUUAUAUGUCGAAAACAAAGUCGAUUGUCAUCUAUGCAGAACCUGCAACACAACAAAAGUUCAUUGAUUCAUGUGAAACAGAGAUCAAACAAAUUUUGAGCAAACUUUCAAUCGAUGGUAAUAUUAUUCGUGAUAAAAAGAAAUGUGUAUUUUGUGGUAAAACGUCCUAUUCAACAAAUACAUUACGUGCAUGUGGUCAUGCCUAUUGUCGAUGCGCUUCAACUUUUUUGCUACAAACAUUUCCAUUAAAAUGUAAAGAAUCGAAAUGUAAGAUGAAUAUCGAUAUGGAUGAUCUAUUCGAAAUCUUUCAAGACCGAGAAGAACUUAUGAGUGCAUGUAAAAAAUCAAUUCAAAUCUAUUUAAAAAAAAAUUCUAGCCUCAAUGAUCAAGUAUUUUGCCCUAAUGCAACAUGUAUCGGUCUAAUUACACGCAAUUGUGGCUAUCAAACUUGUCUAACAUGUGGACGAGAUGUUUGUCCUUCUUGUUCUUUAAUUGACGAUGAAUUACAUCAAGGAAGAACAUGUGAUGAACGAAAUAUGGUUCAUAAGAUGGGCGAUUUUCUUCCCAAUCUAUUUAAGGCAGCUGAAAAAUUUGCACGUGACAAUUGGACAACACAGACACCACCUAUCAUUCGAAUUGAUUAUAAUAUGUCCUUAGCUGAUCAGUGUCCAUCGUUGAAGCGUUUCUAUAAAGGUGUUGAAACUCUUGGCCAACCUUCACCACCAGAUAUGGCAAGAGGUUUCUUUACAUUUCAUGGUACAGCUCCAACGUCUAUUAAACCAAUUUGUGUUAAUGGAUUUGAUCCAAGUCGUCGUGCCGGGCAAGCUUGUGGUGUAGGUGAAUAUUUUGGUGUGACUGCAGCUGUUUCACAUGGUUAUUCUUGUCGGGGAAGUGCACAAGGACCUUUUAGCAUGAUAAUUGCUUUUCUUCUCAAUUGUCCUCAACUAAGUACUCGUCCGGGCUUUUGUCAUGUAAUGAAUAAUCCACGUGAUUGGUCACACGCAUUCAAUUUACCAGUUGUAGUAGUAUCUUAUGGUAUUCAAACUACUUGUCCAUCACCAUUAGAUAACUAG